UCGUCCGUUACUCGUUUGUUACGGUGUUAAAGUGUUAUACAAUUUGUAUUCUUAUUCUUGUAUUUGUUAAAAUGAAAAGAAGCUAUCAAAGUGGGGCAAAGAAAAGGCAAGACAAGAAGAAAAGAGAAGAGGAUGCUUCAAAGUGUUCUUCCACCCUAUCUGCUUGGUUAUGUCCUACUACUAGUACUACUACAACUAAAAGUACUAAUGUCACAUCUACAUCUAGUACUGAAACUAGACCAAUAAUUGCCUCAGUCCCAGGAAAUGAGAUUGAAGAGGAAGUUACAGCUCAAGAUAACGCUGAAGAAAGUAUUGAUGAAGAAGUAACAUGCCUAGGGCUAGGGCAUCAACAAGAAAAAUUGUGCCAAACCUCCAACAAGUCCUACGUCAAGCAGUGA